AUGCAGGUCCGGGUCGGUGAGCCGCUGACCGUGGUGACCCACCAGUUGAACGAGAGCGGCACGAUCGCGCCGCGCUACACCGACUACGACAUCCUCGCGAGCUUCAUGACCCGCCGCUACGAGUUCGACAGCAGCCUGGUGUUCAUCCCACUGGAGGCGCUGCAGGAGAGCCUCGAAUACGGCAAGGAGACCGUGAGUUCGGUCGACCUGUUCCUGAAGGAUCCGCAGUCCGCGCCCCGGGUGGCGCAGGCGCUGCGUCAGUCGCUCGGGCGCGACGAUCUCCGCGUCUCGCACUGGCUCGGCCUCAACGCCCGUUUCGUCGGCGCCCUGCAGGUGGAACGGGUGAUGAUGUUCAUCAUCCUGACGCUGAUCGUCGUGGUCGCCGCCAUGAACGUGGUCGCAAGCUUCACAAUGCUGGUGCGCGUGAAGCGCGGCAGCAUCGCCAUCCUGCGGACGAUGGGCGCGGGACCGGGCACCAUCGUGCGCGCCUUCUUCAUGGCCGCGGCUGCCGUCGGCGUGGUGACGCUGAGCCGCAAGGGCCUCGCGGCCUAUGCCGAGAUCCCGCUGCUGCGCACCGUCAGCCUCGACCGGACCUUCUAUGCGCCGAUCUCGACGGCCGACUACGCGCGUUACGCCAGCCAGGUGCCGGAGCAUUUCAACUUCGUCGUGAAGGCCCCGGCCAUCGUCUGCGAUGCCGUGAUCCGCGACGAGGAGGGGCGGGGGAAGGUGCCCAAUUCGCACUUCCUCGACGCCGCCGUCGCUACCCGCGAAUUCGUCGUGCCCUGCCUGGAGGGGCUGAAGGGCAAGGCGGGCCCACUGGUCUUUCAGGUUUCGCCGCUGCCGCGCAGUCUGGUCGAUGAUUCUUCGCUGCUGAUCGAGCGGCUGGAAGCCUUCUUUGCUGCCCUGCCCACCGAACUGGGCGGUCAGGCGCCGCUUUAUGCGCUGGAGCUGCGCAAUCCCGAGAUGCUCACGCCGCGCCUGAUGCGGAUGCUGGGCCGGGCGGGAGUGCGCUACUGCGUCGGGCUGCACGACCGGAUGCCCGAGGUCGAGCGGCAGGAAACGGCCCUAAAGGCCCUGGACGGCGAGGAGCCGGGUCCGUUGGUGGUCCGCUGGAACCUCCACCGGGGCUUCCUCUACCAGGCGGCGAAGCAGCGCUACGAGCCGUUCGACAGGCUGGUCGACGAGGACGGGGAGACGCGCCGGAUCCUGGCCCGGAUGGCUGCCGCGGCGUUCAAGGCCGGCCGCAAGGUGUGGAUCACGGCCAACAACAAGGCGGAGGGCAGUGCGCCGCUUUCGCUCCUCAAGCUGGCGCAGGAAAUCGCCAAAUUGCUCGCCUAA